GAACAUUAUUCAGUCUGCGCUGGAGCGAGCAACUUGAAAAAUUGUUUUUAUUUUGCCCCGUUAAAAAGUUGCAUUCAAAUACAAAUUUAUAUCGAAGAUGGCACAGCAGGGUGAAAGGUCCGGGGGUGGACCGCCAGGAUCGCCUCCGCCCCGCCCGCCAAGGGCUCCUCCGGCCACGACUCCUCGUGCGAGUUCUGCGGCCCCAACUCCGGGCGAUGUGACUCCGGCUCGAAAUGCUCCUCCUCCUGCGCCUCCUCCGCCGGCGACAAGACGCUCCACCGGAAUAGGAACGACCCCCAGGACAAGCGUUCGCGAGCCAGCACCUGAAAAAGCAGUCAAGGAUUCCGCUCAAUCGACACCGGUACGGACUUCCGGAGCUUCGGAAGCGACGACUCCUGCAAGAGCAGCCCCUACGACAACUCCCCGGGCAAGUAUUUCCGGUCCCGGUGCAUCAACAACUCGCCGGGGAAGUACCCCCGAUCCAGGAGCAUCCAAAACUCCCCGGGCGAGUACUACCGAUCCAGGAGCAUCGACAACUCCCCGGACAAAUGUACCCGAUUCCAGUGCACCGAGUUCUCUUCGAGCCAGUACUGCGGCACCCGAGACUCGACGAACUAGCACUCAGGCUACCGAUCCGUCAUCGUCCCCAAAGAAAAGUGAUGCCGGUGUGCUGGCGUCACAGCACAUAACUUUUGAGGGAGCCCAACCAUCCACUUCUGCCAAAAGCAGAAGUCAAGACGCCAAAAGCAAAAGUCAAGACGCCAAAAGCAGAAGUCAAGAUGCCAAAAGCGGAAGGCAAAACACCAGUGCUUCGAAAAAGCCUUCUCUGUGGGAUAGAUUUCAGGGCAAGAAGAAAAGCGCUACCCCAGAAAAUCCGCAGAGACGAAGCGCUGAACGGAGGCCCCAAUCAUUAAGCGGACCUUCAAUGCUCCAGAACAGGGCCAAAACGAACCGCAUCCUCUACACAACCGAUGAGGAGGUGCGCGAGGCCCUCAUCGAGUUUUCCGUGUUUAUCAUAUUCCUGAUCCUGACAUCACUGGUCGUUCUGUCCGUCCGUCACUCGUACAUGUUCUACUUCAACGACACGAUGAAGAAGCUAUUCACGACCCGCGAAAUGGUCGUUGCACCUUCGGUUACUGUGAGUUUCGAGAAGCUGAUCACUGUGCCGGAUUGGUGGGACUACCUGAUCUAUAACUUUCUGAUAACACUCCAUGGCGAUAUGACGUUCAUGGACGGCAAUUCAGCGGAUAAUUCAACGGAUGUUCCUGGGGAAGCAAAGCCGCCACCUGUGCCAGGUGAGGAGGUCCCUGAGGAAGGAUCGCCGGAUGAGGACGAAGAGGGCGAGGAGCCAGACGAUGACGAAGGCCGCAAGAUCCGACAAGCACCAGAAAAUGCUGGGGAAGGCAGCCAGGAUGUGGGCGACGACAAGCAGCCAACUAGGCCUCACAAUACGACUGGACAUCAUCUGGAGGGUCGCGUUUUCCUAUACGAAAACCUGCUUUUGGGUCCGCCGCGCAUCCGGCAAAUCCGAGUGCGAAAGGAGAGCUGCUACGUGAACGACGCGUUUGUCCGGUACUUCAACACGUGCUAUGCGGCAUAUUCCCCCGGAGCGGAGGAGCGAACGUCGAACUACAAGGGAUCUUCCUACAAAACAAUGAGCGACCUGGACACCACGCCCCUCUGGACAACUCUGGCCUUCUACCGCACCGGAGGGUACACGGUGGAGUUGGACUACGACAAAAACAAGAACCUGAAAACGAUCAGCCAUCUGAAGGACAUCCACUGGCUGGAUCGGGGCUCUCGACUCUGUCUGGUUGAGUUUAAUUUGUAUAACGAAAACACGGAUAUUUUUCAGAGUGUUAAAUUAAUAGCGGAGAUUCCGCCCACUGGCGGAGUAAUUCCCCAGGCCCAGUUGCAAACUGUAAAACAUUAUUCCUUUUUCACGGACCGCAGUAUGCCGAUGACCGUGAUCUACAUUUUCUGGUAUAUCAUGAUCAUCUACUACACCAUCUAUGAAAUCACCGAACUUCUCAAGUCCGGAUUCAAAAACUACAUCCUUUCGAUGUUAAACAUACUCGAUUGUGCUAUAUUACUGUGUUGUUACCUUGCCUUGGUUUAUAAUAUUUGGCAUUUUUUUAAAAUUAAUUCAGUCACCGAUAAAGCCAAAGUGGAAUUGACAUACCAAAGUCUGGAUAUACUGUGUUUCUGGAAUAUAAUUUAUGUGGAUAUGAUGGCAAUUCUGGCUUUUCUUGUGUGGAUUAAAAUAUUUAAGUUUAUCAGUUUCAACAAGACACUCGUGCAAUUCACUACCACAUUAAAAAGGUGCUCCAAGGACUUGGCCGGUUUCAGUUUAAUGUUUGGCAUCGUGUUUCUUGCCUAUGCCCAGUUGGGUCUUCUAUUAUUUGGAACAAAGCACCCGGACUUCCGUAACUUUAUAACCUCGAUUUUGACCAUGAUAAGAAUGAUUCUGGGCGACUUUCAGUACAACCUAAUUGAACAAGCGAAUCGAGUUCUGGGUCCCAUUUACUUCCUGACUUAUAUUCUGCUUGUCUUCUUUAUUUUGUUGAACAUGUUCCUUGCAAUUAUAAUGGAGACCUACAACUCAGUGAAGAGCGAAAUCACACAAGGCCGCAGUCACUUGGGCUCCUAUAUCUAUAAGAAACUCGCGAAUAUGCUCUACUGGAUCACCCACUGUGGUCGAAAGCGUCGACCUCAAGCCCCGCCACCUGAAGUGGAGGAAAAGGAUGCGGUCCCCGAACCCGUGCAAGAAAUGCCCCAGGAAACGAGGAAGCACAUGACACCCGCAGAAGCCCGCUUCUUUCAGGAUGUUCCUGCGGGAGAGAACCCUGAUAUGGUUCGUUUGACUAACCGUGUGGGUCUUCUGGAGGAAAUUUUAGAAAAGUUAAUCACCAACAUGGAUGAUAUUCUAAAACGCGUUGAGAAGGAGAAAUCUAAGAAAUAAUCGGGAUCUUAAAUUUUCACCUUAAAAUUUGUUUUUUUUUUUAUUAAACCUGAAAUGCUCUACCCUUUA